UCCGUUGGGUAUAGGAUGAUCCCGGGUGAGAGCGCAGUUGGAAAGGGGCUCCGAGGUUAUAGGGCGAGCGGUUCGGCCCCGGGAGUCCCCUGGGCUUCAGCCCACAAUGAACCGGGAACGCUGCCCCUGCACUCCCCGGUGUUCGCGACCGGCCGCUAUUUUCGGAGCUUGCAAGUGUGCGCGGCCCCUUUGUUACUUUAUGCAAACAGACGGGACUUACGAUUGGUUGAUGCUACAAAUGGCAAAGAGAAUGCUACAAUUGUAGUUGGAGGCUUGGAAGAUGCAGCUGCGGUGGACUUUGUGUUUGGUCAUGGCUUGAUAUACUGGAGUGAUGUCAGCGAAGAAGCCAUUAAACGAACAGAGUUUAACAAAACUGAGAGUGUACAGAAUGUUGUUGUUUCUGGAUUAUUAUCUCCUGAUGGGCUGGCAUGCGAUUGGCUUGGAGAAAAAUUAUACUGGACAGAUUCUGAAACUAAUCGGAUUGAAGUUUCUAAUCUAGAUGGAUCUUUACGGAAAGUUUUAUUUUGGCAAGAGUUGGAUCAACCUAGAGCUAUUGCCUUAGAUCCUUCAAGCGGAUUCAUAUACUGGACAGACUGGGGAGAAGUACCAAAGAUAGAGCGUGCUGGAAUGGAUGGUUCAAGUCGCUUCGUUAUAAUAAACACUGAAAUUUACUGGCCAAAUGGAUUGACUUUGGAUUAUGAAGAACGAAAGCUUUAUUGGGCAGAUGCAAAACUUAAUUUCAUUCACAAAUCAAAUCUGGAUGGAACAGAUCGGCAGGCAGUGGUUAAAGGUUCCCUUCCUCAUCCUUUUGCCUUGACGUUAUUUGAGGACACAUUGUACUGGACUGACUGGAAUACACACUCCAUUUUGGCUUGCAACAAGUACACUGGCGAGGGUCUGCGUGAAAUCCAUUCUAACAUCUUCUCUCCCAUGGAUAUACAUGCCUUCAGCCAACAGAGGCAGCCAAAUGCUACAAAUCCAUGUGGAAUUGAUAAUGGUGGUUGUUCCCAUUUGUGUUUGAUGUCUCCAGUCAAGCCUUUUUAUCAGUGUGCUUGCCCAACUGGGGUCAAACUCCUGGAGAAUGGAAAAACUUGCAAAGAUGGUGCCACUGAAUUAUUGCUUUUAGCUCGAAGGACAGACUUGAGACGCAUUUCUUUGGAUACACCAGACUUCACAGACAUUGUUCUACAGUUAGAAGAUAUCCGUCAUGCCAUUGCUAUAGAUUAUGAUCCUGUGGAAGGCUAUAUCUACUGGACUGAUGAUGAAGUGAGGGCCAUACGCCGCUCAUUCAUAGAUGGAUCUGGUAGUCAGUUUGUGGUCACUGCUCAGAUUGCACAUCCUGAUGGUAUUGCUGUUGACUGGGUUGCCCGAAAUCUUUAUUGGACAGACACUGGCACUGAUCGGAUAGAAGUAACAAGGCUCAAUGGGACCAUGAGGAAGAUACUGAUUUCGGAGGACUUAGAGGAACCCCGGGCUAUUGUGUUAGAUCCCAUGGUUGGGUACAUGUAUUGGACUGACUGGGGAGAAAUCCCAAAAAUUGAACGAGCAGCUCUGGAUGGUUCUGACCGAGUAGUGUUGGUUAACACUUCUCUUGGUUGGCCAAAUGGUUUAGCCUUGGAUUAUGAUGAAGGCAAAAUAUACUGGGGAGAUGCCAAAACAGACAAAAUUGAGGUUAUGAAUACUGAUGGCACUGGGAGACGAGUACUAGUGGAAGACAAAAUUCCUCACAUUUUUGGGUUUACUUUGUUGGGUGACUAUGUUUACUGGACUGACUGGCAGAGGCGGAGCAUCGAAAGAGUACACAAACGGAGUGCAGAGAGGGAAAUCAUCAUAGAUCAGCUCCCUGACCUCAUGGGCCUAAAGGCCACAAAUGUUCAUCGAAUCAUUGGUUCCAACCCCUGUGCUGAUGAAAAUGGGGGAUGUAGCCAUCUUUGCCUCUAUAGACCUCAGGGCCUUCGCUGUGCCUGUCCCAUUGGCUUUGAACUCAUCAGUGACAUGAAGACCUGCAUUGUCCCAGAGGCUUUCCUUUUGUUUUCUCGGAGAGCAGAUAUCAGGCGAAUUUCUUUGGAAACUAACAAUAAUAAUGUGGCCAUUCCACUCACUGGUGUCAAAGAAGCUUCUGCUUUGGAUUUUGAUGUGACAGACAACCGAAUUUACUGGACUGAUAUAUCACUCAAGACCAUCAGCAGAGCCUUUAUGAAUGGCAGUGCAUUGGAACAUGUGGUGGAAUUUGGCUUAGAUUAUCCAGAAGGCAUGGCAGUAGACUGGCUUGGGAAGAACUUGUAUUGGGCAGACACAGGAACAAAUCGAAUUGAAGCAUCAAAGUUGGAUGGGCAGCACCGACAAGUUUUGGUGUGGAAAGACCUAGACAGUCCCAGAGCUCUUGCGUUGGACCCUGCUGAAGGGUUUAUGUAUUGGACUGAAUGGGGUGGAAAACCUAAGAUAGACAGAGCUGCCAUGGAUGGAAGUGAACGUACUACACUAGUUCCAAAUGUGGGGCGUGCAAAUGGCCUAACUAUUGAUUAUGCUAAAAGGAGGCUCUACUGGACAGACCUGGACACCAACUUAAUAGAAUCUUCAAAUAUGCUGGGACUCAACCGUGAAGUUAUAGCAGAUGACUUGCCUCAUCCUUUUGGCUUAACUCAGUACCAAGAUUACAUCUACUGGACGGACUGGAGCCGACGCAGCAUUGAGCGUGCCAACAAAACUAGUGGCCAAAACCGCACCAUCAUACAGGGCCAUUUGGAUUAUGUGAUGGACAUCCUCGUCUUUCACUCCUCUCGGCAGGCAGGCUGGAAUGAGUGUGCUUCCAGCAAUGGGCACUGCUCCCACCUCUGCUUGGCUGUGCCAGUGGGAGGUUUUGUUUGUGGAUGUCCUGCCCACUACUCUCUUAAUGCUGACAACAGGACUUGUAGUGCUCCAACUACUUUCCUGCUCUUCAGUCAGAAGAGCGCCAUCAACCGCAUGGUAAUUGAUGAACAGCAGAGUCCCGACAUCAUCCUUCCUAUCCACAGCCUUCGGAACGUCCGGGCCAUUGACUAUGACCCACUGGACAAACAACUGUAUUGGAUUGAUUCACGACAAAACAUGAUCCGAAAAGCACAAGAAGAUGGAAGCCAGGGCUUUACUGUGGUUGUGAGCUCAGUUCCGAAUCAGAACCUAGAAAUACAACCCUAUGACCUUAGCAUUGAUAUUUAUAGCCGGUACAUCUACUGGACUUGUGAGGCCACCAACGUCAUUACUGUAACAAGACUAGAUGGGAGAUCAAUUGGAGUGGUGCUAAAAGGCGAGCAAGACAGACCUCGAGCCAUUGUGGUAAACCCAGAGAAAGGGUAUAUGUAUUUUACCAAUCUUCAGGAAAGGUCUCCAAAAAUUGAAAGAGCUGCUUUGGAUGGAACAGAACGGGAGGUUCUAUUUUUUAGUGGCUUAAGUAAACCAAUUGCUUUAGCCCUUGAUAGCAGAUUGGGCAAGCUAUUUUGGGCUGAUUCAGAUCUCCGGCGAAUUGAAAGCAGUGAUCUCUCAGGUGCCAACCGGAUAGUAUUAGAAGACUCCAAUAUCUUGCAGCCCGUGGGACUGACUGUGUUUGAAAAUUGGCUCUAUUGGAUUGAUAAGCAGCAGCAAAUGAUUGAAAAAAUUGACAUGACAGGUCGAGAGGGUAGAACCAAAGUGCAGGCUCGAAUAGCCCAGCUUAGUGACAUUCAUGCCGUAAAGGAGCUGAACCUUCAGGAAUAUCGACAGCACCCUUGUGCUCAGGAUAAUGGUGGCUGUUCACAUAUUUGUCUUGUAAAAGGAGAUGGUACUACAAGGUGCUCUUGCCCCAUGCACUUGGUUCUGCUUCAAGAUGAACUAUCAUGUGGAGAGCCCCCAACAUGUUCUCCUCAGCAGUUUACUUGUUUCACGGGAGAAAUUGAUUGUAUCCCUGUGGCUUGGCGGUGUGAUGGGUUUACUGAAUGUGAAGACCACAGUGAUGAACUCAAUUGUCCUGUAUGCUCAGAGUCCCAGUUCCAGUGUGCCAGUGGACAGUGUAUUGAUGGUGCCCUCAGAUGCAAUGGAGAUGCAAACUGCCAGGAUAAAUCAGACGAGAAGAACUGUGAAGUGCUUUGUUUAAUUGAUCAGUUCCGCUGUGCCAAUGGUCAGUGCAUUGGAAAACAUAAGAAAUGUGAUCAUAAUGUGGAUUGCAGUGACAAAUCAGAUGAACUGGAUUGUUAUCCAACCGAGGAGCCAGCACCACAGGCCACCAAUACAGUUGGUUCAGUUAUUGGAGUAAUUGUCACUAUUUUUGUGUCUGGAACCAUAUACUUUAUUUGCCAGAGGAUGUUGUGUCCACGUAUGAAGGGAGAUGGAGAAACCAUGACUAAUGACUACGUAGUUCAUGGACCAGCUUCUGUGCCCCUUGGUUAUGUGCCACACCCAAGUUCUUUGUCAGGAUCUCUUCCAGGAAUGUCUCGAGGUAAAUCAAUGAUCAGCUCCCUCAGUAUCAUGGGGGGAAGCAGUGGACCCCCUUAUGACCGAGCUCAUGUCACAGGAGCCUCAUCAAGUAGCUCUUCAAGCACCAAAGGCACUUACUUCCCUGCAAUUUUGAACCCUCCGCCAUCCCCAGCCACAGAGCGAUCACAUUACACUAUGGAAUUUGGUUAUUCUUCAAACAGUCCUUCCACUCAUAGGUCCUACAGCUACAGGCCAUACAGUUACCGGCACUUUGCACCCCCAACCACACCCUGCAGCACAGAUGUUUGUGACAGUGACUAUGCUCCCAGCCGGAGAAUGACCUCAGUGGCAACAGCCAAGGGCUACACUAGUGACUUGAACUAUGACUCAGAGCCUGUGCCCCCACCUCCCACACCCCGAAGCCAAUACUUGUCAGCAGAAGAGAACUAUGAAAGCUGCCCACCUUCACCAUACACAGAGAGGAGCUACUCUCAUCACCUCUACCCUCCGCCACCCUCUCCCUGUACAGACUCCUCCUGAGGAGGGGCCCUCCUCCUCUGACUGCCUCCAAUGCAAACAUGUACAUACAGAUUUGGUUGAGAUCUGGAGGGGGGGAGGGAGAUACUAGAGAAGGAUGAGGCAGACCAUGUACAGUUAAAAAUUAUAAAUGGGGUAGGGAAUACUGGAGAUAUUUGUACAGAAGAAAAGAAUAUUUAUAUAUUUUCGUAAAACAGCAAAUUUGCUGCUUGUGCCAUAAAAAUUUGUAUAAAAAUAAAUUUGUACUAAAAGUUUUAUUUUUGCAAACUAAAUACACAAAGCAUGCCUUAAACCCAGUGAAGUGACUGAGUACAAGGAAACAGGAAUAAUAAAGGCAUCAGUGACCAGGAAUGUCUGGGCUUUAUUGAUACCAAAAAUAAAAGUAGAAGAAGAAAAAUUUAAGUCCAUUUUAGAGCAGCUUGGAAGUAGCCAGAUUGCCUUCAUGUUUACUAGCACUUGAGGGCCUACAAGUAUAAGAAAUCACGAAAGAAAAUGGAAUUAAUAUUAACUUGGGACAUAGGACUUUGUCUUCUCUAGAACCCAGCAGUUUUAGUGAGGAAAACAGAUACAAAAAUCCAAUCUGGGUGUUGCUGUUGUAGGAAGAUCAGUUGUCUGGUGAGAUGCUGUGGGGCUGAUUGUGUGUGCAGCCUCCUGGCCCUCCCUCAGAAUCCACACUCGCCUCUCAGAAUUUCUCCUCUAGGGGUUUUCACCCUGCUUGCUCCCCCAGCAGCUCUGUAGGCUGUUUGCCAAGAUACCAUGAUUUAUUCAAAGCUUGUUAUCUGAAGAUUGAUUAAAUGGAAUUUUCUAAAUUAAGGUUUUAUUUUAAUAUUUAUACUCGCUCCACUCUCCUGUAGGCUCAGCUCUUCAAUUUGACUGCUGUUUGUGCAUAAUGAUCAAAGGUUAGACAUAUUAUUGCUCCUCUUCUAAGAUUGUUUUAAUGCUCAUUAAACUGUCUUUUUACAACACAUAUAGGCAACGUUUAAGAAUUACAAAUUUAACCGUAUGUUUUUGUUGUAAGUUGAUCAUAUAUCCUUGCAGUACUUUCAGCAUGUAAUAUCACAGUAUAAAAUCAUUUAUAUAUAUAUUUUUCCUACUAAAAUAUUAAAAUAUGUUCUGGUUAGAGACAAUCUAUAUAAAAGGAGAAUGUUUUGUUAUCAUUAGGGUUUCCCGUUAGUAACUGUUCAUGACAUUUUUGUGUUCUUUAGGCCAAUUUUUCUCAGAAUGAUGUCUGCAUACAUACCUCUUCUAACGUGUGACAUGAGUUUAAUAUCUUUCUUGUUACCUAAUGUGAAUAUUAGAUUUUUUUCAAAUUAUCUAAAUUAUCCUUAUAAUCACCUCUUAUAUAUAUAUAUAUGAGUGUGUGUUCUCUCUUAUCCCAUUACGGAUUAAGAUGAUUUAACAAAUUUAACAAUACGGAUUAAAUGAGAAGGCAAACUAUUAACUUCUCAGCCGUCAGAACUCGGUGGAGAGGAUACUGGAAGGCUCUCUGUAACCUGCCUGGCCUGCAUGGUACGGGCUGCUGCACCCCCAGCUGUCAGGGCUGAGCUGUGGAACGAUUCUAGCGCUGCGUUGCCACCUUGCCAGAAGUUAGUUUCCUGCUUUACACGUGUUUCCAGCAUUUCUCUGCUAAAAUUGAAUGUGUUUUUAAACUAAUGUAUUUUUUACCUUAGCAAAUGUUGGCCGUUUAUUGCUGAAUGGUUUUUUUUAAAUUCAGUCUUGCUGAGAGGCCUCUCUGGAUUUAAGGGCCCAACGAAAAACAAUGGAAGAAAGGAUUCAGAAUAUCAGCAAGGGUGAAGUAAUUCUUUAAGCAAUUAAAAAAUGCCUAAGUAAACUUUUUCAAGAGAAAAAAACGUGGUUUCAGAAUACUGGUUAGAUUGCUGGGGACACCUUAUAAGAAUCCGUGCGCCUUGUAAGAAUCCUGUGCACUUGAUUUUGCAUCUGAAUAAAUGGUGAUCCAGCAGUGUCUUGCAUCUCAGUCAGCAAGUGUAACUCUACCUGUGAAAGGAACAGUGUGCUCACAGCCCAACAGAAUGGACACAGAGGUGCAUUUUGUGACAUACCGCGGGCACUUGAUGCUUAAAUGAAGAUGGAAAGGUUAGCAAUAACUGGGUAUCAAUUAGAAUUUGAGAAUUCUAUAUGUUUACAUUUUUUAAUGUGCAUCUUUAUCUGGUGGGCUUCCCAUGUGGAAACUUGCACUAUAAUGAACUAAGAAGAAUAUUGCCUUGUUGUAUCUCAGUCCAAGUGCUUGUACUGCGAUGGCAAUGGCCUCUUCUUGCAAAAUGCUAAUUUGUGUGCCAAUUUGAAAUUAUUUGAAGGCAGUUCAGCUUAAUCUCAGAAUCCUCUUUCUGGGGUAGUUGAGAUGGAUUUUUAAUGUUUUGGGGAGUACCUUUAAAAUGAGAGAAUUGUCAGAAUUCAGGAAGGAUUUAUUGGCCCUCAGGUUAAAUGGACAGUUAAGCUUAAGUAAACUUUCUUGAUUAUUAAACACAAGAGCUUUAAUUAGAAAAACUAAGGAAAAAAAAAAAAACCACACAAAUCAUGACAGCACAAAUUGGGAGAAAAAAAAAUCAAAAAGGGUUUUUAAUUUGAUGUAUUGUGAGAUUCAUCAUCCAUGAGUGGAGAAUAAAUAAAAUUUCAUUAGAUUCCUUAAAUUAAAAAGUAUUUAUUUUGAACAUGUCUUAAAGUAUGCCCACUUACUGAUAUGUUUAGAAUUAUCUGAGAAAUUAAUUUUAGCAGAGCAUACGUUCAGUGCACUAUAGUAAGCUGUUCCGCAUCAACAUGGUCUUUUAUGACCGUGAACUUUUCUAACUUUGAACUUGGCUCCUGCAGAGCCCUGGUCUUCUGAACAGUGGUCUGAGGAGUUUUGCUCUGAACCGUUAAUACAUUUAACAACUAUUCUAAAUGGAUGUUAUGUAUUUAGAAAUCUAGUACCGGAGGAUAAGUCAGAGCGGGGUGGUUUGAGCAGUAAAAUUUCAGGAUGUUUGAGGAUUGCAUUUGUUCAUUUAAAAAUUCUCUUAAGUCAAUAAUUUGUAUAGGGCCAACUCAUUCAAUAUUAGGAUAUAAAAAUAGCCUCCAUUUUUAUUGGGUAGCAAUUAGUUUUGGGGGAAAAGCCCAUUUCCUGUAAAGGCCCAUUAAUGAAGAAUACUUCAGGUACAGUUAGUAGCUGCAGCUUACCUGGGCUAUUAAUAAACUGUGUAUAUUUAUGUGCCCUGAUACCAGUAAUCAUGGUAGACAUUGUUUACUUCUGGUACUAGAGGGACUUUCCUGAAGCUCCUCUGCGAUAGAUGUACUGCUGCUGUUCCCUGUCUAGUCCUGUGUCUAGAUUAGAUGCUUUUCAUGCAGUUUUAAAAUUGUUUUAUCUCUUGCCACUCCAUUGGUUUGCAUGCUAUAAGAUCUGCAUAUUGGUUACCAUUUCACAUCUAACAAAAUUCAGAAACAGAAAUCUUGGGCUUUUCAAACCCCAAAUAUGUCAUGCUUUAUUAAGUUACAUAGUGUGGACUGUGGAUAUGAGUAUGUAAAUAUUAGCUGACAAAUAUUUGGACAUCUACAAAUGAGACUGUACACUAGGUGUAGACAUUAACUGAGUCAUGAAGUUUAUAAUCAAAUUUGUUUAAAACACGUUCUCA